UUUCGAAUUCUAAAUACAAUACAUUCGUUGGUGCAGUUCUUUAAUUCUUGAUUCAUAUACUUCUAAGCAUCACAGUGGCGUCGCGAUGGAACUUGUAAUGGAACAGCUAGAUAUUCAUUCUACUUCUGAAGCUUUUGAAGAUUAUUUGGAAAGGUUUGAAAUCUGGAGUAUGACCAGGAAAGAUGUCAAAGAUGAUAAAAUUGUGGCUCAUUUCCUAACAUUCAUCGGAAAAGAAGCGUACAGCUUAUUGAAAACCUUGGCAUAUCCAGAAAAACCUAUUUCACUUCCCUAUGCAAUGCUAAAGGAGUUAUUAUUGAAUCAUGUAAAGUGCCCUGGUUUUGAAUGCCGUGAAAGAGCGAAAUUUCAUAAGAUGAUUCGUCAAAAUGACCAAAAUGUUAAGGAAUUCAUUCUUGAAUUGCAGAAACAGGCUGUCAAAUGUAAUUUUGGUGAUCAACUUCAUGUGCAGCUGAGAGACCGAUUAAUUGCAGGAAUUAACAUACCUAGUUUGGAAAGAGAGCUGUUAAGAAUGUCAAACUGUUCCUUUCAAGAUGUUAGAACUGCGUGCAUUAACUACGAGGCGUUGAAUGAACUUGAUAUUCAGUCGAUGAAGAUUUCCAAUACUUUGAUUAGUUGUCAUGAUGAAAAGCAAUCUCAGGGUCAAUCAAAAUUGUGUUCGUUUAACAGAGGUUCCUAUUCUCGUGUAAAAAUGAACGGUGUCUCAAAAAAGAAUUACAAAGGAAAUCAAAAAGGUAAUGCUCAUAUUCAAAAGCGACUAUAUACAUCGCUUGGUUCAUUUCAUGACUUUAUUGUGGACACAGGCAGUAUAGAGUCCAUUAUUUCAUUCAAGAACUUGAAAUCGUUAGAUCCGAACGUUGUGAUACGACCCACUGAAGUAUCAAUAUUGGGGAUUACUGGACACAAACUGCCUAUACGAGGAUGUUGUGAAUUGCUAAUAAGAGAUGAUAAUUCCUCAUACAUACCUUGUGAAUUUUUAGUUAGUGAAACAGGACUCUCAAUACUGGGUUUAAAGAAUUUGAAAAGACUUAAAGUGGAGUUGUCUUUCCUAGUUUCUAAAGAAAAUUCUGAUGCUUUACUUAAAGAUUUGAUAGCCACGUGUGCUAAGUGCAGUGGAGGUAUGAAAAUCCAGCCUAUAAAACUUCAAGUACAGGGUGAACCAGUCUUUCUCAAAAGACGAAUAAUUCCUUACGGUCUUCGAGAUGCAGUGCAUAAGACUUUGAAUGAUUUGUGUACAAAAGGUGUAAUUGAACCUGUUCAGUCUUCAGCAUGGGGUACUCCUAUUGUUACGCCACUGAAAUCGGAUGGCAAGACUCCUAGGAUAUGUGGUGACUAUAGACUAACCUUGAACUCCCGUUUAUUGAAGCAGACAUGCACUACAGUAGAGGCUGAAGAUAUCCUAAAUCGACUUCAUGGUUCUAAAGUGUUCUCGAAAGUUGACCUAAAAGAUGCUUAUCUUCAAAUCCCUUUAGAUCAAUCCUCAUCUAUUUUGACGACAAUUAAUACUCCUUUUGGUCUGUUUAAAUACAAUUUCCUUCCAUUUGGGCUAAGUUGUUCUCCAGCCAUAUUCCAGGAAGUUAUGAAUAAGGUGGUUAGUGAUCUUGAAGGUGUUGAAGUUUAUCAAGAUGAUCUGAUUGUUCAUGGUGCUGAUAAGGGAGCUCAUGACCAGAGACUUAUUGCCUUAUUGCGUCGUUUAAUUGAGAAGAAUAUUACAGUAAAUCCAAAUAAGUGUUCAUUUAGUGUAUCUAGUUUUGAAUGUCUUGGAUACCUAGUUGAUGGUAAUGGUUUUAGACCAGAUAUGAAACGACUAGCUCCACUGACAAAUGCACCGUCUCCAAAAAAUCUUACGGAACUACGUUCACUAGUGGGUGCUCUUCAGUACUAUUCCCGUUUUAUUCCUAAUUUUUCUUGUCGUGCAAAUUGUUUAUUUAAUAUUUUGACAUCCAAUUCAUUCAAAUGGGGUGAGGAACAAGAGUCGUGCUUACGUAGUCUACUAAAGUUUCUUCAAAGUGAUGCUGUUCUUCGAACUUACUCCCCUAGUGUACAGUCUGUGCUUAUCACUGAUGCAUCACCUGUGGGUAUUGGUGCAGUUUUGGAACAGGAAGGUAGACCAGUUAUUUGUGUUUCACGCAAACUUACUGUUACUGAACAAGGCUAUUCACAGACUCAGCGAGAGGCAUUAGCUGUGUUUUGGGCUGUUAAAAGACUUCAUAAAUAUUUAUUCGGAAAGAAAUUUACUAUUGUUACUGAUCAUGAGGCUUUGCAGUUUAUUUAUCAUCCUGAAAAAUCCUUAGCACGUGCCUCAGCUGCUAUGGUUCAACGAUGGAGUAUUGCUUUGAGUGCCUACGACUAUACGGUUCAGCACAGGAGUGCCAAACAAAUUCAACAUGUUGACUACAUUUCUCGACAGUCAUUACAAGAUAAACCUGUUAAUACUUCAGACUGUUUGUUGGUGCAACCUUUACCAGUGAAACGUCCAGAUCUCAUUAGAGAAACUCGUAGAAACUUUGGAUGUAUAAUUCAUGCUAUACGGAAAGGUUGGAAUGCUAAUCUGAAACGCAGAUUCCCUAUCUAUUUUUCAAAGCGAGAUGAGCUAUCCACUACUCCUGAUGGUAUUUUGUGCUUAAAUGAUCGGGUUGUUAUUCCUCCCUCAUUGCGUAAAGCUGUCCUGGAAGAUCUUCAUAGUGGACAUUUAGGUGUUGAGAAAAUGAAGUCCUUGGCGAGGCUUACGUGUUGGUGGCCAGAGAUAAAUGCAGAUAUUUGUCGUACAGCAAACAAUUGUGUAAAGUGUCAUAAGCUGAAAAAUCAGCAUUCGAAGUGGACUCCAUGGCCAGUAUCGUCGGAAGCCUGGCAGAGAAUUCAUGCAGACUAUUGUGGCCCGUUUCUUGGCAAAUACUAUGCACUUGUAGUCAUUGAUUCUUUUUCAAAGUGGCCUGAAGUUUUUUUCACAACUUCACCAAAUUCUGACUUCACAAUUCAAGCAUUAAGAAAGGUGUUUAGUCGAGAAGGGGUUCCAAUGGUGUUAGUGACUGAUAACGGCUCUCAUUUUGCUGCAGAUGCAGUUACUACCUGGUUAAAUGGUAUAGGGUGCAAACAUCUGUUUACUGCUCCCAGACAUCCUUGUUCUAAUGGUCAGGCAGAAAAUUUUGUCAGGACGUUGAAAACUGCUAUUGAUUCUAUUGCCGCCUCAACAUUUAAUGAGCUGGAGAGGGGAGUAGAUACCUUUCUACUGCAAUAUAGAAAUGCCAGACAUUCAGUGACGAAAGAGACUCCAUCAAAACUAUUAAAAGGAAGAAUUCUUCGGUCGAAUAUGAGAUGUUUGGAGUCUGCAGAAGUUACAUAUUAUCGUGGCAAUGAUCUUCGACCAUCCACGGGGAUCGUUCUGAAGAAUGUCGGGAAAUCUAUGGUGCGACUUCUAGAUAUCAAUGACUUAAGUACACACAAUCGACAUGUUGAUCAAAUACAAUUCCAAGAACCAGGUGAGUCUGUUCCAACUUCGGUUGUUAAUUCUAAUACUAAUGAGAGCAUUCUAGAUAAUACAGAGCCUUUAUCCAAUACACUGUCGGACAGAUACAGGAUGAAUUUGAGAAGAAGACGUACGAUUGAUUACAGACAUAUACAUUCCAAUUUAAGCUGUGGCGGAUGUGGUGUUUGAAUGAA